AUGAAUUAUUAUAAAAAAAAGUUAGCCGUAUAAAAUGAUGAACAUUUAUCUCUACCUUAAAUUUAGGAUUAUAGAUCAUUAAGUCUAAAUAAAGAGAUUACAUGCUCUACAGAGGAUAACUGCAAAAAGUACUUUUCUUUUAUAUAUUCAAAUCAAACACCGUCUGAUAGAUAUUAAAAGAAACCUUAGCAUAUGAGAAAUAUAGAAAGAAAAAACUAGAUGCUGAAAUUACAGUUAAAAAGGGUAUCUGAGUAAAUAAAGAAGGUAUCACCACGUCGUUUGUAAUAUGAAACUUUGGAAGAGAUAUAUUUUAUCAGAUACAAAAAAAUAAUAUGAU